CACAGUAAUAUCACAUAGCCUUAGGGGGGGCGUUUCCCCCCACUCUGCCCUACCACUAAAGCAUGACAUCAGCACAUAUCUGUCACUAAUUCGCUCGCAGUGUAAUGGAUCUUCAUGGUAGUGUUCUCAGCUAGACUAGGCUACUACACGCACCUUACAGUAGGCCCUAUCAACAUUCGACCACUUGGGGACACGACAUAGCUUGGUUUACUUUGUCUGCUUGUGGUCUAUUUCGGGGCAGUGUGGAAAAUGUCCAGGGGCAUAAUUGCCUAAAGGUUCGGAUCAACGUUAGUGUGUUUCAGACUUGCCGGCUGGCAUACGUUGAUAUAUUUGUGACUCCGCCUCCGUUAUGGCUGAACUUUCUUUAGAGUUACGUAGUAGCAUGCUGUCAAGUCAAAGCAGAGAAUGAGUUCCAUAUGGACAUUUCAUUGAUUGCUCACUUGCGGGCAGCCAGUCGGUACCAAGGACUGAGGAGUCAUCAUAUGUCCAGGGAGAAGUUGAAGCCACAACACCUGAACUUGAGGAAAGUGAUAAAAAGCCACAACACAUAAAAAAAUAUAAUACAGCGAUGGCAGAGCCAGUGGAUAACUACAAUCCAGGGAGCUUAAAUGACAUCUAUAUCUCAAAACGAAGUAUCAGGAAGGCUUUCAUCAGCAAAAGGCACUAUCUCCCUUACAUAGCCUCAGAGAAAGAGAGCAACAGCAGCCUUGGAGGAGCUCCUGGCGUCUUCACACUGUCCAGUGAGCAGGAGGAAACCAGCUCGUCCAUGGCUUGCUGUCCCGACUUGCUGCUCUGCAUUAAAACUGAGCCUGUGGAGUGUUACCUGUCUGACAAGUUCGCCGAGCUCUCCCCAAGAGAUCAGUCACCGGUUGAGGUGAAGCCAUGUUUAACUGUCCGGUCUGGCGACAAUGAGGUGGCCACAGAGACUCAUGAGCUGAGUGACACAUCCAGGGUCAUGCGGCCCCGCAAAGCAAAGCAACGCAAAAAUCAAGCGAAGGUAAAGAGACACCGCAAGAGGUUUGAUCACUCAAAAGAACAGGCUGAGCGCUUAAAUGAUGGUGAGAGCCCCCAGAUAGCCCGGGGUGAUGAUGAUGAUGAUGGCGCGGCGUCAGAUGGGCGCGUGGAAGAAGACAAAGGAAAGGAAGGACCAAAAGAGAGCAAAACGGACGACAAGGCAUGCCUCAUCUUCCCAGCCAUGAAGAAGCGCGGGGUGGAGGGGGACAUGGAGAACCGGCCCUACAAGUGCACCCACUGCAACUGGGCAUUCACCAAGUCCAGCAACCUGGUGAGCCACAUCCGCACGCACAGCGGCCUGAAGCCACACGUGUGCGACCUGUGCGGGAAGGCCUACUCACACCAGGGCACGCUGCAGCAGCACAAGCGUCUGCACACAGGCGAGAGGCCCUACCACUGCCCCUUCUGUGAGAAGACCUACAUCUGGUCCUCCGACUACCGCAAGCACAUCCGCACGCACACCGGCGAGAAGCCAUACAUCUGCGAUGCCUGCGGCAAGGACUUUGUCCGAUCGUCAGACCUGCGCAAGCAUGAGCGCAACAUGCACGCCAACAACAAGCCCUUCCCCUGCGCCAAGUGCGGCAAGACCUUCAACAAGCCACUGUCGCUGCUGCGGCACGAGCGCACGCACCUGGGCAAGCGGCCCUUCGUCUGCCCCGAGUGCGGCAAGGCCUUCGCCAUGCCCAGCCGCAUGAUGGAGCACCGAAAGGUGCACAGCGGUGUCCGGCCAUACGUCUGCCACAUUUGUGGCAAGGCCUUUACCAAGUCCUCCAACCUGCUGGAGCACCAGUCCGUGCACAGUGGCUUCCGGCCGCACAAGUGUGGUGAGUGUGGGGUGGCCUUUGCCAUGGCCUCACGCUUGGUCCGCCACCAGCGGGUACACACUGGGGAGUAGCACAUGAGUGUCAAGAACAGCAACAAGAUUUCAACUCCAUGAGAAAACAAAACAGAGCGCAUCGUAGCAAACGCAAGUGCCAAAGAAUCUUCAGGGAGAGUCCUACAAUCACAGGAACAAAGCUUUAAAGACUGAAUAUUUAGUACCUAAAGGCAAAAGAGAGUCUUUGUCCCAUAUGAAAAGUAGUUAAACACUGUAGUAAUGGAUUUAUUUCCUGACUGAACUUGAAGACAUGACUGGCAUAGACAACCUCCCUAAAUUAACUCACACAGAAGUGCCCAACCAUGUUUUCAAUUGGUCUCAGACCAGCCCCAUUCAAAACAAAUUUCAGUAACACUUUACUUGAUGGGUGAGUUCAUAACACAUUCAUAGCAGCUGUCAUA